AGUGACUUCGGCCGCGCUGCGGGUGCAGGGAGGCGACGCGCAGGGGGUCGACGACCGCAGCCGACGCCGCAGCGUCCCGCGCCCACCGCCCUGCCCGGGGACGACACCGACCCCCGCCCCCCCUCCUCCACCAGAGACAUGUCUGCUCCCGCCCAGCCACCCACCCCUGGGGGUCCAGAAGGGGCUGCCCCCGGCGGGGGGCCCCCUGGCCCACCCCCCAACACGACCAGUAACCGGAGGCUGCAGCAAACACAGGCCCAGGUGGAGGAGGUGGUGGACAUUAUGCGUGUGAAUGUGGACAAAGUCCUGGAGCGAGACCAGAAGCUGUCGGAGCUGGACGACCGGGCGGACGCGCUGCAGGCUGGGGCCUCACAGUUCGAGAGCAGCGCCGCGAAGCUCAAGAGAAAGUACUGGUGGAAAAACUGCAAGAUGAUGAUCAUGCUGGGAGCCAUCUGUGCCAUCAUCGUGGUCAUUAUUGUAAUCUACUUUUUUACUUGAGAAUGUGCCCGCCUCUUCUCUCCCCUCCCCUUCCCACCUCCCCUCGCCUCCAUCCAUCCCAGUUCCCUCCAACCGCCCCAGGCUGCUUUUCCAUUGGUUCCUCCUUUUGCCUUGGUUUAGCCUCUCACCAUCCUCCCCUCUUACCCCCACCGAGCCACAGCGGCUCCUCUCCGCCGCCCCUCCCCACUGCCGGCCUGGGGAAGGAGCCGGGCUGUGCUAAGGGGGAGGGGGCAGCGGGUGGAGCCUCGUGGGGAGGGGGACACCCUGAGCACCAGCGAUGGCGGCGCUGGGGGAGGGGCAGUGUGCUCUGCCCGGUCCCGUCCAUCUGUCCGUCCCCGCUUCCCCUCCUUGACCUCACUGGAGCCCGUGGGGCAGCGGAAGCCCCUUAGAGCUGGCCCGGGGCCGGGGGCCGUCGCAGGCUCUCCCGUUCCUCGGCCCGGCCCGCGGGGGAAGGAAGGAAGGAAGGAAGGGAGUAGAGUAGGCUGGGGCCUGCUCAGGACUUACCGGGCCUCCUGAAGCCCCUCUGCCCCCACAGAGAGGGAGACACGUGGCAGGGGGCCCGGGGCCCACCCGGAACACUCUCCGUUGGGGGUGCUGUGCUGCACUGUAGUACUGCCCUUCUGGGCAGAGCCCCUCCUCUCCUCCCUCAUGCCCCAACCGCCUCCCCCUCUGCUCGUGCCCUCUCCUCGCAACCUCUCCCGGCCCUCACCCGUGUCUGUGGGUCAUGGGGCCCGGUGCUGCCAGCCCCGGCCCCGGCUCGGAGGGGCUUCGGCUGAGCCGGGGGGGCCGUCCGCAUGUGCACUCUCCACGCCCCACCAUUUCAUUUGUGCUAAAGCAUUUCCCUCCCCCAGCCCUCCCCCCCCCACCACCCUUCCCUCGGUCCCGGCGCGGCCGAAGAGCGGGAAGGAGCAGCUGCCCACCGGCCCCCAUCGCUGAAACAGCGCUGUCUUCGCCGCCACCCCCCACCCCCCCGCCCCCAUGCCACGGCCCCUCUGUUGGGGCUCAGUCCCGGGGCAGGCGGGCUGCGAGCCCACCCCCAGGAUGACCAGCGGUGGCGGGACCGGCCUCUGUUCUGUCUGCUGUCACUUUCUCCCUCCACACCCCGAGUCCUGCGGGGGCUGAAAGCGGCUCCCCAUGGACUAGGCCUCACGCACAGCCCCCGCCACCCCCCCCACCCCCCAACCUCCGUCACAAGCUGCUGGGCGAGGGUCCCGUCUGUCGUCUCUGCCCCCCUCCCCGUCCGUCCGUCUCCUCCCCCCGGAUCUCAUCCUUGUACAAAGUAGUUAGAGUCGUGAUCCCACCGAGGCAUGUAGCAGACUGACCACUUUCGUGUAUUCUGAAUAAAGAAAGAAAACUCCCA